AUGGCCGAGGGUUUGGAGAAAAUUGCCGAAGUUCCAGUGGAAUUUUUUAAGGAUGGAAGUGCUUUCGUGAGAAAGUGCCAGAAGCCAACUAAGAAAGAAUACUUUAAGAUUGUCAGAGCCGUUGGUGUCGGCUUCGUCAUGAUGGGUGUUGUUGGAUAUGUGGUCAAGUUGUUGCACAUUCCAAUCAGAUACUUAAUUGUUUAA